GCACAGACCGCGGCGAGCUCGCCCUCCCCGGCGGCGGCGCAGACGCAAUGGACACCGGGAGAUCUCCCUCUGCGGCGGAGGAAGCCAUAGAUUCGGUCUCCACGAAGGCGGAGGAGGUCGCCGCUUACCAUAGCAGCGAGGCCAAGCGGGCGAGGCUGCAGUCCAUGCUCGCCGCCCUCCUCGACGAUCCCAUCCUCGCCGACGUGCCUCGGAAGCCCUCCCUCGCCGAUGUCGACACGCUGAUCAACCUCGAGCUCGGCAGCGCCAUGAGGAUAACCGUCGUCAAGCUGGAUAGCACCUCCUUCGAUGUUGCAGUGCUGAACACAGCCACGGUCAAGGAUUUGAAGAUGGCUAUCAGGAAGAAGAUAAAUGAGAUCGAGCAAGAACAGAUGGGCCAUCGUCAUAUCUCAUGGAAACAUAUUUGGGACAACUAUUGUCUGACACAUCAAAGUGAGAAGUUGAUGGAUGACAAUUUUGUUCUUUCAUCUCAUGGCAUUCGUAAUAACUCCAAGGUUUCUUUCUUGCCGCACAUUAUGUCCAGAGUAUAUCGGAAGCACUCCCGAAGAAGAAAACACCGCUUUUUUCAUGGUCUCAGUAGGAAGAUGUGAUCCCACCGUGUCUAUUUAAGCUGGUGUCAGGGAGCAGCAUGGUCACAUGACCACAUAAUAAACAGCGACCAGGCUAUACUUCAGUUUUGCCACCAUAACGGAAGCAUAUAUCGUGAAAUCAUUGUUCUGAAAUUCUUCGAUAACCUCAGGUACAUGCUGAGAAAAUGGAGAUGGGAGUAAUAUUGUGCAAGCAUGUCAUGUUCUUUUGUUGUAGCCGCUUUCAGCAAUGUAAGUUCUCGGUAGUGGCUGGAUACCAUGCAUGUCACUUGAGCUAUCUUUUGAGGGAACCGCUUUCUCAGCUAUGUUUGCAUCUUAAAACUGAUGUUCUCGCUGUUCAAGUAAAUAUUGUAAUACAAAUUUAAGCUGCAACCCGUUUUUGAUGCGAAAUACAACUAUCUGGUUUUGUAAAUCACCU